UUGCGUUCUUUUUGUUAUGGUUUUUAUGAGACUAAUUGCUCUGUAUAUAAAGAAGGGGACAUACUGAUCGAAAGUCACCAGUCUUCUACCAGGCAACUUCACCUCAACUACCCAACAUGCAGCUUGGCGUUUUUCUUUUUGCUAUUUUCGUCGUGGCUACCGCCGUUCCAUCCAAGUCUAGUGAUUACAAAGACAAUUACGAAUACGCUCCGGCUCAGUAUGAUUUUGGCUAUGGAGUAAAGGACGACUACGCUUACGUCGACUUUGGCCAUAGCGAGAAUCGUAACGGUGACAAAACUAAAGGACAAUACUACGUCGUUCUUCCUGAUGGUCGUCGCCAAGUUGUCAAUUACUACGUUGAUGGCUAUUCCGGAUACGUUGCUGAUAUCAAGUACGAGGGAAACUACAAAUCGGCCUACUCCGCUGAUUACAAACCUACUUAUAAGCCGGUGCCUAAUCCCACAUACUCUCCUUCCUACAAGCCGACAUAUUAAGAAAAUUAAGAUUUUAUCGUGAGCAGUUAUGUAUCAAUGCAAUUUUUUUUAAAAACGAACAAUAACUUAAACUGGU